AUGGAGCAACAGACUUGUCUGCUGGCGCCACAGCGUUACACUGUAUCGCAGCUUUUGCAGAUCUCCCGUGACGCAAAGUAUCCUUUCGACCUGUCGAAAUUCACCUAUGAUGCCGCCAGAGGUGUCGUACCUCCGCUUGGAGACAUUGCAGUCUCUUCGCGUCGUUCCUCCUCUCAGCGGGUUCGCUCGCAGGGCUGGUCUUCGGAGAGCGUUGAAGCUACGUCUGAGAUUGUCAGCCUGAGCGGCAACGCAAGUCUGCCUGCAACUGCGGUGAAUCCUCUGAGACAGCCGUCCAAUCCUCCAACUGGACCAAAGCCUCAGAAAGACGCUGGGUUUGCCAAAUUUCUCAAGAAGCACUCGUCUCCCACCCACAACCGUGUCACUACUGGUGGACGGAUUGUUCCCAUGGAAAAGCGGGAUUCUCCUCCCAAGUUCGACCUCGAGCAAUCAUACGCUGCACGGGAAGCCUUUCAGAGUGGCUUGAAAGACGUCUACACUCCUUCAGCACAGCUACUUGGUUCACCACCACAACAUGGUGUACAGCACGCCGACCAAUGUCCGUCGUCCGCCCCGCUAUCGCCCGCAAGCGAGCAUGGCCAUGGAGUUACACCAGGCAUCCCAAACACUGCUACUGUCCCUCAAGCCGGCGUGCCUGUGCUGGGCUAUCCCAUGCCUGCCUAUGGCGUCCCAAUCAUGCCUCCUUACCCCAUUCCAGCCCCGUACUACUACAUGCCAGGCUCCGGCUUUCCCGCUAAUCCGGCGUAUGUCCCUCAGAGAGGUUGGCAGCCACCGGCUCAGGCUGCUAUGUCAGUCGGUGGCCGCGACAAGUUCGAAGGGGUCGAGCCCACCACUCAGCUACUUGUCACUGCUCAGUCGUGCCUGUUUCAAGCGCAGUCUCAGUAUGAUCUACUUGAUCGUCAGCUCAAGUCAAUGGAUCGUCAUCGGGCUGUCAGCACUCACGAUCCGACUCUGGCUGCUCAAAGAAUGGCUGUCGUCCAACAACGCGCCGAACUCAAAGCCAUGAUCAAUCGCUUGCUGGUGCAGGUUGAGACGCUUCAGAACACUAAGCCACUGCUGGUAGGAUCACCGUCGAAGUUUGCACCCUCGGCUCGACCCUUUGUGCCGCAAGCGAACACGCAGCAGUCUCCAGCUCCGAUUCGGCCGCAGUCACACAGCGGGUCUCCAGAGCUCACGGCCCAUACUGACCGCGGCUUCGUCGAGAGAAGUCCAGUACCGCCGGCAAGGAACCGCAAGAUCAUCCCCAUCGUACCACCUCCAGCCAACGGUGCUGCAACUGGCCAGCAGAUGCAGCGUUCUGCUGAAUCAGAGCCUAUGUGGGAAGUAGACAAGUGGGGAGUACGUUACCGUGCCGUUUCCGACAGAUCCGGGUGCAGCACUCAGCAGUCACUUGAGCCUACCAAGACCAGCGUGGUUGUGAUGAACAAAUCCCAAGCUCGACAAGCUUCGGUCGCUAGAAAGUUCUCUGCGGGGUCUGCUGCCGCAGCUGAAAUCAUCGGUUGGCAAGGGGAAAGACCUGGCUCUCUGCCUGAAGAGCUCGUUGGUCUGACAGAGUCCUACUACGAUGCGCUGCGUCUGCCGGUUGGCGUCAUCACCAAGUUCACGCUUCCAAACGAAGACACCUUCGAGGUCUGCGGGGCUGCCCUUCAACCAGGUGAUGGCAUGAGCGAGGUCGAGCAGUCAUAUUGGUCGAGGAAACCAGAAUUCAACAAGGCCAUCCUCGAUGGCCUUCGCCGCAAGGCUCAAAUCAUGGACGCUGACCAAUACGACGAUGAAUACCUCCUGGGCGCACAUGUCAACCCAGUCGUCGGCGUCCGCGAUGUCCAGGAUCUGCUUCAGGAGGCCAUGAACAUUGAAGCUGAUCGACGACGACAAGCUGCAAGUGCUCCGAUCAGUAUGCCGCUGAGGGGAAUCGAAGAAGAGGACUUCGAUGUCCCAGAGGAUAUGAGCAACAAGGGAUUCACUUCGACAUCUUUGCAAAGUGUGCAUGCCACUGUCCGGCUUCCGCCCAGCUUCGAUGGUGCCACUGACAACUCCCGCCGCGACGCGAAGACGGUCUUGACAGCUACCAGCAAGAGUCAUAACCCACGUGUCCUCCACCGCUCAGCACCCGGUGGAGGUGCAUAG